AUGGCUGACAAUUCAGACACCAAGAUCAACAUGACUGACAAUUCUGAAAACACCCCUCCACCUCAAACCGACGGCCAGCAGAACGAGGGAAGUGGUGAAGGUCAAGGUCAAGACAAAGGCUCAUGGUACUCCAAACCCGAGUCCCUGGGUAACUCGGCUGGCGACAAGAUCGAGGGCGCCCUCUCCCCCGUCGGCAAACACGCGGGACCCGUGCUGGAAAAGGUAGGCGGGCCCGUCGGUGGCCUCGUCGAUCCCACGGUCGGUGGCAUCAUGCGCGCAGGGAAGGGCUGGGGGGAUCAGAUCGGCGUCGGGUUCGGGAACGAAGGUGGCGGGCCGGCCAAACAGCAACAGGCCGAAGAGGAGAAUCUGAAGAAGGGUCUGGGCGGGAAUGAACAGAAUGCCGACAAUCCUCUGGGGUUGUGA